CCAUGCCUCUCUCCUCCUGACCCUCCUUCCUCUCUCUCCUCUGUCUCUCUGUUCGUUUCCAGUCGGGAUCACGGAGGCGGACGGACGAGCGCGGAUUUUGUUGUUGUUGUUGUUGUUUUUAUUCUUAUUAUUUAUUCCUCGUUUUUCGGGCCAGCAGGGAUGGAGGAUGUGAAAGAGCCACCGACCGUGCACCGGUCCUCCUCCUUCAGCAUCAAGAGCCUCCUGCUGCCCUCCAAGUGCGACAGACCGGACUCCGCCGCCGCCGCCGCCGCGGUGGUCGGCAUCCACGGGACUCUCUCUCCCUCCCCGGGCUCCGACUCUGACAAGUCGCUGGAGCCGCCGGAGGUGGACUGCACGGCCACCGCGUCCCUGGACCCGGAGAAACCGGGCAAGGAGGAGCAGGGGGAUGAGGAGGAGGAGGGCGGGGGAGGGGGAGGCGGAGGAGGGGACGGAGCUAAGGCCACACCGGAGCAGAAUACGAACGGCACCAACAGCGGGAAAAACGGGAAAUAUGACAAGCCCCCGUUCAGCUACAACGCCCUGAUCAUGAUGGCCAUCCGGCAGAGCCCCGAGAAGCGGCUCACGCUGAACGGCAUCUACGAGUUCAUCAUGAAAAACUUCCCGUAUUACCGGGAGCACAAGCAGGGCUGGCAGAACUCCAUCCGGCACAACCUGAGCCUCAAUAAGUGCUUCGUGAAGGUGCCCAGGCACUACGACGACCCGGGGAAGGGGAACUACUGGAUGCUGGACCCGAGCAGCGACGACGUUUUCAUCGGGGGGACCACCGGGAAGCUCCGCCGGCGCUCCGCCACAUCCCGGGGCAAGCUGGCGAUGAAGCGCGGGCUGCGCUUCGCUCCUCUCGGCUUGGGGAUUAACGAGCGGGCGAACAACCCGCUGUACUGGCAGAUUUCUCCGUUCCUGUCUCUGCACCAUCACCACCACCACCACCCGCACUACAACGGAUCCUCACCCGGGUUUCUGAACCAGGCGGCCGGCUACGGGUCGCUGCUGCCCGCGGUGGAGCAGCUGAGUAACGGGGAGCUGGGGCGCUCCAUCCUCGGCGGGUCGGCGAGUUUGGGUUUGACGAACAGUUACGGGAUGAGCACGUCGCCGGUCGGGCUGCUUUCCGGUCAGACCGCCGGGUAUUUUGUCUCAGGGACCCAACACGCUGCUGCAUCGGCACCGGGGCCACCGGGAGGAGGAGGCCCGCCGCAUCCUCCUCCACCACCGCCUCCACCGCCGCAUCUCCAGCAGGGCGCACCGGGCUUCGGCGGCCCGCAGUCUCUGCUGUCGGACUCGCUCAGAAACAGCUCCCUACCGGCCUUCUCCCCGGGCGUGUCCGCGGGGUUCCCCGGGGUGCUGUCCCAUCAGAAGAGGGUGACCCCGAGCGCGUUCCUCAACUGACAAUCACCGGCACCGGGCGCGAGGACGCGCAGAGACGUCACGUUUAAGGGCAAAAAAAAAAAAAGAAGUGGUAAAUAUCAAAAGAGAAAAAUAUGAAGAGAAAAAAUGAAACUUUCCUUUUGGCCAUAAUCUCAGAGACUGUACCAAAGGUGACAGGAAAUAUUUACAGCUAUUUAUAUCUUGUACAAAGACUCAGUAACUUCCUUCAGUCUUAUUUAUGUUUUGUAUUUAUUGUAAUUUAAGAUUAUGUGUCAGUGCUGAUCAGUAUUUAUGGAUUUUGAGACAAUCAGAGAAGCGAAGCCUUAAAACGAGCAGAACAAUCAGCAGCAUAUCUUUACUCAGGUCGAGCCGAACAAUCAGAAGUUCUGUGGAGAGUUUCCUUCCAAAGUCCAAGAUCCAGACUGAAAACCAGAACAAGGAUGUUCAAGCUUCUGGAACGGAACUCUCCACGUGUAAAAUUAUGCAAAAACAGCAGCUGGAAAAACGUUUUAUUGUUUUAUUUUGGUGAGUGUGUGUGUGUGUGUGUGUGUGUGUGUGUGUGUGUGUGAGAGAGAGAGAGAGAGAGAGAGAGAGAGCGCCUCCUGCGCAUGUGCGUCGCCGCCGCCGUCCUCUGCGGCCUCUCCUCCGGCUCGGUUCAGCUCCGGGGCUCCGGUCAGAGUACGGAGGCCUCUCCAUGCUGGAACCUUCGUUUGUUUUUAUUGUUCUUGUUUCUUUUUACGGGGGGGAAGACAAACCGAGCGGCUCCAAAUUAACCAUCAGGCCUUGCGUCAACACGCGCACAGACGUCAGGUGGAAACUUAAAAAAAUAAAAACAAACUCCUGCAGUCACCUGACUCCAAAAUUAAAGCUCACUGUUUUAUAUUUAUUUAUGUUUCCACAGUAGCUGAGUUGGAGUUAAUGAAUCUUUUGAUUGGUUCAAGUUUCAUGUCUGACUUUAUAAAAAACAUCUGAGCUUUCAGCUGCUCUCACGGGCUUCCUCCAGCACCCUCGGUCGUCACGGAGACAGUUUUAGUUAAAUGGAUAUUAGUUUUAUUAUUUUUGUCUUGAUUAUUUGAGGCACAGAGGAGCUGAAAAAUAUUAAUAAUCCAACAAAAUUGUAAAAAAUUACA